CUCAAAAUGGAUUUCUUAAAUAUCUCCGGCUUGGCUGAAGGGAUGGAGGCAGCAAAUAUUUCCUUUAAUUCAACCUCUCAGAGCCAGUACAGCCAGCUCGCUAUCUGGGCUGUGGCUGGACUUGUCAGCUUUCUGAUUUUGUUUACAAUAGUCGGGAACGUCUUGGUUGUUAUCGCCGUUUUAACGAGCAGAGCUCUGAAACCACCCCAGAAUCUUUUUCUUGUCUCUCUGGCCAGUGCGGACAUACUGGUGGCCACCCUGGUCAUGCCUUUUUCUCUGGCAAAUGAACUUAUGGGCUACUGGUUUUUUGGAAAAAUCUGGUGUGACAUCUACCUGGCUCUGGACGUUUUAUUCUGCACCUCUUCUAUUGUUCACCUGUGUGCUAUUAGUUUGGACAGGUACUGGUCAGUGACACAGGCGGUCGAGUAUAACUUAAAGAGAACACCCAAAAGAGUUAAAGGGAUGAUUGUAGUGGUGUGGUUAAUCUCAGCCGUCAUCUCCUUCCCACCACUGAUAUCAAUGGACAGGAGCAGCAGUGAGACCAACCCCCAGUGUAUUCUGAAUGAUGAGACCUGGUAUAUUCUUUACUCCAGCAUUGGUUCAUUUUUUGCCCCCUGUGUCAUCAUGAUUCUGGUUUAUAUUCGGAUCUACCAAGUGGCAAAGACCAGGACCAGAACAAUGUCAGGGAAGAAGAGGGAUGUGGACUCGCCAUUGGAGAAUGGGAUGGACCAAGUCGAACCAGGCAAAGGUGGGUCGUUAAAGUCUAGCAGGGGCGGAAGCAUGAAAGAUCAGGAACGUGAGAACGGGCACUGCAAAGAGCAUCCGGUUGGGUCCCCCUUACCAAACGAGCCCAAACAUCCGCACACAGACCACGAUGACGAUUACGACGAUAGCAGUUCGUCAGAUGAGAAACCCAAAAAGAGUUCCACUAGCAACAGACACCACCACGAUGACAGGAAAGACAGGAAGUCCAGCCGGAAAAGCAGCUCCUCCUCUAAAUACUCCAGCAGGAAGUCGCGUGCCAGCUCCAAAUCCAUGGAGCUGUUCUCGUCUCGCCGCAAACGCCGGAGCACCGUCAGUCGGAAGAAGGUCUCCGCUGCUCGCGAGAAACGCUUCACAUUCGUCCUCGCCGUGGUCAUGGGUGUAUUUGUCUUGUGCUGGUUCCCGUUUUUCUUCUCCUACAGCUUGUACGGAAUCUGUCGGGAGCCGUGCGAGAUCCCCGAGACUCUGUUCAAGUUCUUUUUCUGGAUUGGCUACUGUAACAGCUCGUUAAACCCGGUCAUCUACACGAUCUUCAACCAGGACUUCCGUAGAUCCUUCAAGAAGAUCCUCUGUAAGUCAUGGAAACGCUCUUUCUGA